AUGGUUCUCGGUUUCGGCCACCACUCUCAGAGAGACGCCAACGUCUCUGCCGAGUCACGAGGUCGUGACCCUUUCAUCGCCACUGGUCGAGGUGGUGCUGGUAACAUCAUUCGCUCGCCCUCCCGAUCGCGCGACCGUUCCGGCAAUGCCAUCCCACCCCAGACCGCCGCUGCUGCCGCCGUUCCCAACCACAUGAUCUCUAGCGGUCGAGGCGGUGCCGGUAACGUCCGAUCGCCCUCUCGUGACCCGCUGGACCGAAAGCGUGCCGCUGAAGCAGCCCAACGCGAGGAGAAGCUGCAGGAGGAGUACCGUCAGACCGAAUCCAGGACAGCGCACUUGACCGGCCGUGGCGGUGCUGGUAACGCCACUUCCGACCCUGCUGCUGCUGAGGAGCGCGGACGUGGACGUGGCUCGAACGGUAGCAACAAUGGCGGUGGAGGAGUUUCAGGUCUCCUGAGAUCGCUCUCAAGGUCUCGUUCACGUGAACCACGUAACAGCGGCAAGGGCUCGCCUAACCGCUCCCAGUCUCGUCCAAGAGCUUCCGAAUCGAGCAAACUUGCUCAGGUCGAAGAAACACGCAGCUCAGAGGAAGAUUCGCAUUACUCCGCUUCCGUUCGCACUGCUACAAAUGAGAAGCAAGGUUGA